UGGGGGGAGUCCUGGGCCUGUGCACCGCGGCCAGCUGGAUCCCCUGCCUGUGUGGCAGUGCACCAUGCCUGCUGUGCCCGCUGCUGCCCAAGUGGGAACAAUUCCACGGUCACUCGGCUUAUCUAUGCUGCCUUUUUACUUCUUGGAGUUGCAGUUGCCUGCGUAAUGUUGAUUCCAGGAAUGGAGGAACAUCUCAAAAAGAUUCCUGGCUUUUGUGAGGAUGGAAUGGGUUCAUCAAUUCCAGGAGUAAGUGGCCAUGUUAACUGUGACGUGCUGGUUGGAUACAAAGCUGUAUACCGUGUGUGCUUUGGGAUGGCCAUGUUUUUCCUCCUCUUUUCUCUUCUUAUGAUUAAAGUGAAGAGUAGCCAGGAUCCCCGAGCUUCUGUACAUAAUGGCUUUUGGUUCUUUAAGUUUGCUGCAGCCAUUGCAAUUACUGUUGGUGCAUUUUUCAUCCCAGAAGGACCCUUUACAACAGUCUGGUUCUAUGUUGGUAUGGGUGGUGCAUUUUGCUUCAUUCUUAUUCAGCUUGUACUGCUGAUUGAUUUUGCUCACUCAUGGAAUGAAUCCUGGGUUGAAAAGAUGGAAGAGGGGAAUUCUCGAUGCUGGUACGCAGCUUUGCUCUCAGCUACUGGCAUUAACUAUGCCUUAUCACUGGUUGCAAUAGUGCUUUUCUAUGUCUACUACACUCAUCCCGAAGGCUGUGCUGAAAACAAAGCUUUUAUCAGCGUGAAUAUGAUUUUGUGUAUCGGAGCCUCUGUAAUGUCUGUUCUACCUAAGAUCCAGGAAUCUCAGCCUAGAUCCGGUCUUCUACAAUCAUCUGUGAUAACCAUUUACACAAUGUAUCUGACCUGGUCAGCCAUGACUAAUGAACCAGAUCGCAAAUGCAAUCCAAGCCUGCUUGGCAUAAUUGGAUACAAUACCACAACUACUCCAGGACAGGUUCAGGUUGUGCAAUGGUGGGAUGCUCAAGGAAUUGUGGGACUUGUCCUCUUUCUGCUCUGCGUCCUGUACUCCAGUAUUCGGACCUCAAAUAACAGCCAAGUUAACAAGCUGACUUUGACCAGUGAUGAGUCCACACUUAUAGAGGAUGGAACCAGGAGUGAUGGUUCUCUAAGUGACUCUGAUGAUGCUCAUCGUGCUGUUGACAAUGAACGUGAUGGGGUUACCUACAGCUAUUCCUUCUUUCACUUCAUGCUUUUCCUGGCUUCACUCUAUAUUAUGAUGACCCUUACUAACUGGUACAGUCCUGACUCUACUUAUGAGAUGAUGACUAGUAAGUGGCCUUCGGUCUGGGUGAAGAUCUCUUCUAGCUGGGUGUGCAUUGUUCUGUACGUGUGGACACUUGUUGCUCCAUUGGUGUUAACCAAUCGUGACUUUGAUUAG